AUGCAUGUUCCAGCCUCCGACGAUUGCAAUCCACCCCCUUCCCUCCCCGGGCCUAGUCUUACAACUAUAAUAUCAGAAACUCUAGGGAUUAUGAUUCCACCGAUGCGCGAAAGACAUGUUCCAGAAACACCUGAUCAACUUCAGGCAUCUUUCAAUGAAAUAUUCGAUGCUUACACUAAAGCUCGUAAAGAUCAUGAAUCUGAACCUCCUGAUACAUUUACUGAUUCUCUUCAUGAUUUUGAAGUUAAACUUAUUAAUAUAGUUUUAGACUUCAGAUUUUUCAAAGCUGUUAAUCCUGAUAUUUAUCCCGAUGUAGUAAAGCUUCCGGCUAUUAGAUCGAUGCUUGAUUUAUUAAAUGGUGGAUAUCAUUGUGGGAACCUUUUAGCUGGUUUUAUUCUUUGUACAUUCGAAACUCUAACUGAUCCGGGCAUUUUCGUACCUGGUCAAGAAGAAGAAGCUACCUCAUUUGUUAAAUCUCUAGUUGAGCUUGGAGCCCUGAACGUAUUUGUUUCUACUCUUGAUAAGUUUCCUGUAGAUGCUGUUCAUUUCCCAUCAGUUCAAACUAUUGCGCAGAUGAUUUUUCUUAAACCAGAAUUAGCAGAAGUCGCUGGACUGAAUUCCCAACUGAUGGAUUGGGUGUUUAAAGCACUCAGAUCUCCCAUAUGGAAUGAUCUAACAAUGCAUGUUCUGGGGUUAUUAAAUACUCUUUUGAUGUCUAGUGUUAAAAAUAGACUUAAUUUUGGGGAAAAGGAUGCUUUAGCUGUUGUAGUAAAUGCUCUUUCAUCUCUUGAAGAAAGUUUUAACCUGCACGAAGAAUACCUGCUGCAGACUUUGUUUAGUUGUUUACUUUUUCUAUUAGAAUUUCCCGCCAAUAUAGUGAAGUUUGUCGAGGCUGGAGGUGUUCAGUCAAUGAUCGGAAUUAUUCAGCAAGAGGACUUCGGUUAUUGUUAUGGGUCUGCAAUUGUGGCACUUGAUAUUGCAGUGAAAGCUUGUCAAUCUGCUUCUCAGCAAUUUGUGAAUGAUAAAUUGGCAUUUGACACUGCAUUCCCUCCUUCCAUGGAAAUGGUGGCAUUGCCGAGACGGAAACAGAUAGCUUGGUAA